AACCUCCAAUUCUGUCACCCCCAUAAGAGAAUAACGGCGUUCAAGCUGUAUUACAUUGAUUACGGCCUUACGAUAAUAUACCUCGUUGGCUUUUCAACCAAAUUCUUUGGAUAAAGUCCCGAGUCGUGCACAGAAGCUACCGACUUUCAGCUAUCCACCAUGAGAUGGGGCGCUCGCAUAGCACUAUGUGCUAGUUUAGCACUCAUCUUGCCCUUAUAUCUCUUAAAGAUCCACCUGGAGGACCUCUGCGAUCAGUAUCGCGCGGGCGCAUACCUGAUCAAUUGGCUGGAUUUGCGCCCGCCGAUGAACAGACUAAAUGGCUCCCGUCCUGUCACACCAGGGGAUAAAGUGAUUGUGAUGGCCAAGCUACAGGAAGAACACACUGAAUGGGUCGAGGAGGAGCUACCCGACUGGCAACGAGCCAUAUACAUCGUGAAUCCCUCCAAAAAGGUCGCAGCUGACGACACGACACUUACAACCCCGCUGAACAAGGGUCACGAGUCCAUGGCUUAUCUCACCUAUCUAAUUGAUCAUUACGACAACCUACCAUCUACAAUCGCUUUUCUUCAUUCUCAUCGAUCGGGUUUCCUGAUGGCCUGGCAUGUAGAUGCGCCCUUACACGAUAAUGUCAUUGCGAUGAAAUCCUUACGUCUCAAUUUCGUUCAAGAUAAUGGCUACGUCAACCUCCGCUGCAACUGGAACCCAGGGUGCAAGCAGGGCCAUCGCACCAACCAGCACGUGACAGAAGAAGUCUUUGCAGAGAUCUUCGAGGGCACAAGCACCCCGCCAUUAAACUCCACCGGAGGCCUCACGAUGCAAGAUGAAUACGAUGAGGCUAAAUACCAGAAGUUCCUGCAAAUGCCGAAACAGAUUGGCGCGGCGUGUUGUGCGCAAUUCGCCGUGUCACGGGAGCAGGUCCACCAACGACCACGAGAUGACUACAUCAAGAUCCGCCAGUGGAUCAUUGAUACAGACAAGAAUGAUGCCAGUAGCGGUCGUGUCAUGGAAUUCCUCUGGCACGUCAUAUUCGGCAAAGAAUCAAUAUAGUACGUUGCCUUUGCAUCGCUUCCCCCCCUGAAUGCAUCUUGACCACUAACAUUCCGCUACUCACAGCUGUCCCGACGAAGAAGUCUGCUACUGUCAAGUUUAUGGACAAUGUUGAUCAUUGUACGCAUACCGUUAACGUUUCUGCUUUUCACCAAAAAUACCCACGGCUUCUACUUGUAUAUAUUACGAUAGCUUCCUUCUUUCGGCGCUCUCUUGCUUGGUUCUCUCUUUCUAUCUUCUUUCGACAUAUUAUCCCAUUUGGAGAUUUAUUUUUUACCGUUCGUUUUUCAAAACCAGUUCUUGUGGA